AUGAUGACUAAUUUUCCAAUUGGUGAUGAAAUUAUGGAUAAUGUCACCAUCUUGUACGUUAUUGAUGCUUAUUUACUUAACUUAGAUACAUUAGAAAUAGAAUAUGAUGUCUUAAAUGACGUUUUUAUUAGAGAUUUAAGAAAUAAUAAAAUAGAAGUAAUUGAAGGUGGAGCAUUUACAGGUCUACUAGAAUUAAAGAGCUUAUCUAUUACCAGAAAUAGGCUUUAUUUAAUAGCAGAUGGAGUAUUUCUACCACUUUCAAAUUUAACGACACUUUCUUUGGACACAAAUGAAAUAAGUAACUUACAAGAUAUUGGCUUUAGAGGAUUGAGCAAGUUAACUUAUUUAUACCUUAAUACAAACUUAAUUGCAAAAGUUAGUCAGAAAAGCUGGGAUGGCAUCGAAGACUUGUACCUACUGAGCGUCAGUUUAAAUGACUUCCUGGAUUUGGAAAAUUAUAUGUUCUCUGAACUUUCCAGCAUUAAGCGCCUGAGAUUAUUCAGCAAUAAAAUAGAAAUAAUCGAACCUAGAGCAUUCGCCAAUCUCACUAAACUAAGUUAUAUUAAUUUAUCUUGGAACAGACUUGUGUCGGUCAGCAGCAUCAUGUUUGGUAACCUACCUUCCCUAAAUCGAUUAUUUUUAAGACAGAAAAAAUUUCUUAAAUUACUUAGUGACAUGAGAGUUUGCUCCAUAAACGACAUUGAAGCCAACUUAUUUUCUAAUAAUGCUAUGCUUAAAACUUUAAAUCUACAUAACAGCUUCAUUACGAGUGUUGACGAAGAGGCAUUUAAUCCGUUAACAAAUUUAAAAAUACUAUUGAUGGAUGAAAAUCGAAUAAGAUCUAUUGAAGAUUAUCAAUUUACUGAUUUAGCUAAUUUAAAGUCGCUAUUUCUAAGAUCUAACAAUAUUCAAACUAUUUCUUCCAAAGCAUUUCAUGGCUUAAAUAAUAUUGAAGAAAUGUAG